GGUCGGCUUCCUCAGGUGGAGUCAGCCGCGCAGCUCGGAGGAACGUGUCGGUGUGGCGGGGUCAGCUGAUGGACUGAGACACAAACUGACGUGAGUUCAUCAGAGCUGGUCUGAGACUAUGAGGAGCAGCGAGUCCCGGACCCCGGACCCGAUCUUUGGAGGCUGUCUGUGACUCCGCGCGCUCCUCUGAGUCAGCCCAGGUGUGGCUGCUUCACCUGAGGCUCGCGCUCUGCGACAUUUAUUCACCUUCUGACGCAACAGGACACUUCGUGCGCUCAGCAUGCCGGAAGUGAUCAGCGUGACUGAGUUCAUCUCAGAGACCAAUGAGGACUACAAAGCCCCGACCACCUCCAGCUUCACCACGCGCAUGACCCACUGCAGGAACACGGUGGCAGCCCUGGAGGAGGCUCUGGACGUGGACAGGUCCGUCCUUCAUAAGAUCAAGAAGUCAGUGAAAGCCAUCAACACGUCCGGUCUGGCUCACGUGGACAAUGAGGAGCAGUACAUUCAGUCCAUGGAGAAGUUUGGGGAUAACUGUGUCUGCAAAGAAGACGCCGGUGUUGGCUCCGCCUUCCUCAAGUUCGCCGUUUUCACCAAAGAACUGUCGGCGCUCUUCAAGAACCUGCUGCAGAACAUGAACAACAUCAUCACGUUCCCUCUGGACAGUCUGCUGAAGGGAGACCUGAAGGGAGUCAAAGGGGAUCUGAAGAAGCCGUUCGACAAAGCCUGGAAGGAUUAUGAGACCAAACUAGCGAAGAUCGAGAAGGAGAAGAGGGAGCACGCCAAGCAGCACGGCAUGAUUCGAACAGAGUUCAGCGGAGGAGAAAUCGCUGAGGAGAUGGAGAAAGAGAGACGUCUGUUCCAGCUGCAGAUGUGUGAGUAUCUCCUCAAAGUGAACGAGAUCAAAGUGAAGAAAGGCGUCGACUUCCUGCAGAACCUCAUCAAGUAUUUCCACGCUCAGUGCAAUUUCUUCCAGGAUGGUCUGAAGGCCGUGGAGAGUCUGAAACCUUCUGUGGAGAAACUGGCUGUCGACCUGACGGAGGUGAGAAACGUUGAAUAUGAGAUUGAUUACAUUACUUCUGAUCAGCAGCCAAUCAUCAUCCAGGUCGAAGUGAAGUCUACUUCCUGUUUCGUGGCUUUAGCUGCAGUGGGCGGGGCUAAAGAAAACCGCUCCAUGCUCUCCAAAUAUGUUAAUGACGUCACGUUGAUACAGGAAGUCAUUAGACUUCACCGUGUGGUCACCAUGGUUACAGAUGCACCUGUCCAGGUGUUCUCGGUCUCACCCUCGUCCCUGCUCCUUGUUUCGCAGGCUAACAGACCUCCAGCCAAACUCAACCUGCUCACCUGUCAGGUGAAGAGGAACCCGGAUGAGAAGAAGAGCUUCGACCUGUUCUCACACGACCGGACGUAUCACUUCCAGGCCGAGGACGAAGCCGAGUGUCAGAUCUGGAUGUCGGUGCUGCAGAACAGUAAAGAGGAGGCGUUGAAUCAGGCGUUCAAAGGCGACCAGAGCGAAGGAGAGAACAACAUCGUGCAGGAGCUGACCAAAGCUAUCGUGGCAGAGGUGAAGAGGAUGAGCGGCAACGACGGCUGCUGCGACUGUGGAGCCGCUGCUCCCACCUGGCUGUCCACCAACCUCGGCGUCCUGAUCUGUAUCGAGUGCUCGGGGAUCCACAGGGAGAUGGGAGUCCACUACUCCCGGAUCCAGAGUCUGGACCUGGACGUCCUGGGAACCUCCGAGCUGCUGUUGGCAAAGAACGUGGGAAACGCCAGCUUCAACGAGAUCAUGGAGGCGGAUCUGUCGGCGCAGAACGUCACCAAACCCGACCCGACUAGUGACAUGCAGAUGAGGAAGGACUACAUCACCGCCAAGUACACGGAGAAGCGCUUCACCCAGCGGCUGUGCACCGACGCAGCGUCCAGGCUGCAGGUUCUGUACGAGGCCGUCCGGAACCGGGACAUCCUGUCUCUGAUCCAGGUGUACGCUGAGGGUGUGGACCUGAUGGAGGCCAGCCCGCAGCCCAACGAACACGAAUCCGGAGAGACGGUGCUCCACCUGGCGGUCCGUAUGGGCGACAGGAACUCCCUCCACAUCGUCGACUUCCUCGCCCAGAACAGCGGUAACCUGGACAAGCAGACGGCGAGAGGAAGCACGGCGCUGCAUUACUGCUGCCUGACGGACAACAGCGAGUGUCUGAAGCUGCUGCUGAGAGGGAAGGCUUCAGUGUCCAUCACAAACGAGGCCGGAGAAACAGCGCUGGACAUCGCUAAACGUCUGCGACACACUGAGUGUGAAGAGCUGCUGACUCAGGCUCAGACGGGGAAGUUUAACGUCCACGUUCAUGUCGAGUACGAGUGGCGUCUCCAGAACGAGGACAUGGACGAGAGCGAGGACGAGCUGGAGGACAAGCCAAUCCCGAACCGCCGCGAGGAGCGUCCGGUCAGCUGCUUCGUGCCGGGCAGCGGACCUAACCUGGCAGCGCUGGCCCGGGACGCCGCCUGCCUGGCACGGGACAAACAGAGGCCUCAGGUGCCCAGUAUGAUGAUCAGCAAUGAGACCUACGGCACCAUGCUGGACCUGAACCUGCCGCCGCCGGGACCAACCCCGCCGCUGCCGCCCAGAGGGCCCCACAGAGGCUCAGCACACGGUAAACCUGUUACCAUGGAAACAGCUGGCAGACAGCGGUCGUCCUCCGACCCCCCCAACCCGGUGACCCCCGAGAGGAACUCCUCCAUGUACGUGCUCCCAGUCGCUCCCCCUCCUCCGUUCAACAAGAGGUCCAGCAUGGUGGACACCAAGACCACGUCCGCCAGGAACACCCCCCUCCCUCCUCUGCCUCCCCCACCAGCAGCAGGACUGCCUCCAGUCGUCCCAGUGCCUCCAGCCCCACCUCCACCCAACAUCCCACCACCGCCCCACUACAAAGCUCCACCCUUUCCACCACCGGUCCCCAGUCACCACAGCAGCAGACCAACAGGACCCAAGUCCCCCAAAUCACCCACUGGGUCAGGGAAGAGUCCUCCUCAGAGACCUCCUGUCAGGACGGCAUCGAUGGACAAACGAGGGCUGCAGUCCAAAUCUCCACAGAGUCCUCCGACACCAAAACCCAGAAGCACCUACGCUAAGCAGAAGCCUCAGCGUGUGAAGGCCAUCUAUAACUGCUCGGCUGACAAUCCUGACGAGUUGACGUUCAGCGAGGGCGAGGUGAUCGUGGUGGAGGGGGAGGAGGACAGCGAGUGGUGGGUGGGUCACGUUGAAGGAGAGCCAAGCAGGCGAGGAGUGUUUCCUGUCACCUUCGUCCACUUCAUCACAGAGUGACGCCAAGCCGCUAACUUCCUGUUCCUGUCACAGCACGGACUCACCUGAGACACCUGAACGCCUCGUCCAAUCGCAGAGCUCCGCCUCCUUUUGAGAAUAAAUUUCAUGUUUUUAAUGAACUGGUCUGAUCCGGACCUGUUACAUCUGUUAGCUGUCCACACACUUUUGUCCACAUCGUGUUGAUUGAUGACUCAGCAGGAAUCAAACCUGUGACGCCGUCUGUGUAUCCAUUAAAGAUGAACGCGUCCUUCCUGUUCUCAA